CGCCUCACGACUCCCUUCGGGCUGUGUCCGCAGGUUCCCUUGGAGACAUGGAGGCCAGAGAAGAGGCCCAGGCCGCGGACACCAGCCUCCUGGAGCCACUGGAGCCAGAGGCCACGGGGCAGCCGGAGCUCCAGAGCCCUUCCAGCCCAGACGCUAGUCCUCCACCCCAACCACUGCCACAGCCCCCCAUGUCCCCAGGAGGCCUCGAGGAGAUGGAGAGUCAGGAGCCGGAGACAAGGCUGGAGGAGGAGGAGGAGGAGGCCAGCAGCCCCUGGGGUGGGCCAGACGAGCUGGAGCUGGUGCUGCAGGAAGGACAGACGUGCGUGCAGGCUCGAUGCAGCCUCGCCGAGGGCCUGUCCUGGGGCCCAUUCUGUGGAAGCAUCCAGACCAGAGCCUCGUCCCCCAGGCAGGCAGAACUGAGCCCGGCCCUGACCCUGCUGCUGGAGGAUGAGACCUGCUGGCUGAAGAAGCUGCCCCGUGCCCUGACAGAGGCCGAAGCCAACUCAGAGAUCCACAGGAAGGGUGAAGCCCUCUGGUGCAGGGUCACCAAGCCGGUGCCAGCAGGUGGACAGUUGUGUGUGCGCCUCAUGGCUGAGCCCCACGGAGCCCCCAGCCACCCUGUGAAGAAGGAACCCGUGGAGCCCGAGGGCCCGGCCCCCUCCCACACCGACAUCCAGCUCCUGCCCCAGCAGGCCGGCAUGGCGUCCAUCCUCGCCACGGCGGUCGUCAACAAAGACGUCUUCCCCUGCAAGGACUGCGGCAUCUGGUACCGGAGCGAGCGGAACUUGCAAGCCCACCUCCUCUACUACUGUGCCAGCCGCCCGGGCUCCGGAUCCCCCGCCACAGCCGUCCCCGACGAGAAGCCCAAGGAGACUUACCCCAACGAGCGCAUCUGCCCCUUCCCCCAAUGUCGCAAAAGCUGUCCCAGUGCCAGCUCCCUGGAGAUCCACAUGCGUAGCCACAGCGGAGAGCGCCCCUUCGUGUGUCUCAUCUGCCUAUCUGCCUUCACCACCAAGGCCAACUGUGAGCGGCACCUCAAGGUGCACACAGACACACUGACCGGGGUCUGUCACAGCUGUGGCUUCAUCUCCACCACAAGGGACAUCCUCUACAGCCACCUGGUGACCAACCACAUGGUCUGCCAGCCGGGCUCUAAGGCUGAGAUCUACUCACCAGGGGCCGGGCACCCCACUGCCAAGCUCCCCCCAGACAGCCUGGCCGGCUUCCAGCAGCACACGGCAUUGCACGGUCCUUUGGCCUCUGCUGACCUGGGCCUAGCUACUGCCCCAUCGCCUGGACUGGACAGGAAGGCGCUGGCCGAGGCCACCAACGGAGAGGCCAGAGCGGCCCCCCAGAACGGGAGCAGCGGCGAGCCCCCCGCGACCCCCAGGAGCAUCAAGGUGGAGGCGGCAGAAGAGCCCGAGGCGGAGCCAGGGCCCCCGGCCCCGUCGCGCACGCCAUCGCCGCCCAGCCCCAGCCCGGUGCGCGUCAAGGCGGAGCUGUCCAGCCCCACACCCGGCUCCAGCCCGGGGCCCGGCGCGCUCUUUCUGCCGCAGUUGCCCGCGGCGCCCCCGGCCUCCGAGAUCCUGGCCAAGAUGUCUGAGCUGGUGCACAGCCGGCUGCAGGCGGGCGCGGGGGUGGGCGCUCCGGCUGGCCUCUUCGCGGGGGCUCCCAAGGGCGCCACGUGCUUCGAGUGCGACAUCACCUUCAACAACAUCAACAACUUUUACGUGCACAAGCGCCUCUACUGCUCCGGCCGCCGCCCGUCCUCCACGCCGCCCGGCCCCGCCCCCACGUCGCCCGCGGCGCCGGCGCCGCGGCCCGGAAGCGGAAGUGGAGGCGGAGGUGGAGGUGGAAGCUGCUCCGAUCCUGCCGAAGGCCCCAUCGACCUGAGCAAAAAGCCGCGGCGCCAGACGCCAGCCGCCGCCACCCCGGGCCCCGCGCCGGGCCUGCCGGCCCUGGCCGACUACCACGAGUGCACGGCCUGCCGCGUGAGCUUCCACAGCCUAGAGGCCUACCUGGCGCACAAGAAGUUCUCGUGCCCCGCCGCCCUGCGCCGCCUGCGCGCCUCCCCCGAGGACCCGCCCGCCGUCGUGUGCCCCUACUGCCCCCCGAACGGCGUAGUCCGCGGCGACCUCAUUGAGCACUUCCGCCUGGCGCACGGCCUGCUGCUGGGCAAGCCCCCGGCCGGCCCCGGCGCCGAGGCCCGGACGCCCUCGCCCGCCGCCCAGCGCGACGGCCUCAACGGCCAGGACCUGCGGGAGCCGCCCGCCGGCAGCCCACGGCCCGGCCCGCCGCCGGCCCCGUCCCCUGAAGCUGUGCCGGCGCCCCCCUCCCACUCGGACAAGGGUGUGCAGACCCCCAGCCAGGGGUCAGCGGCCCCCGUGCCCAACGGCAACCACAGGUACUGCCGCCUGUGCAACAUCAAGUUCAGCAGUCUGUCCACCUUCAUCGCCCACAAGAAGUAUUAUUGCUCCUCGCACGCGGCCGAGCACGUGAAGUGAGCGCCGCGCGCGGAGGGUGGAACCUGCGCGCCUGCUCUCUAGGGGCCGCCACGGGCCCGGGCACCCUUGCUCCUGGGAAACGCUCCAAGCACAGGCUUCAGCACAGGGGCUGCAGGGGGCAGACCCCGCUUGGACCUUUGGCACUUAAUAAAGAAGUUCAGUUUGAUGAGCACA